AUGGGAAGUGGUACCUCAACCCAACAUCACUUUGCUUUCCAGAACGCAGAGAAUGCCUUCCGGGCGGCAGCCCUCAUCCAGAGAUGGUACCGGCGCUACAUGGCGCGCCUGGAGAUGAGGCGACACUGCACCUGGCGCAUCUUCCAGUCCAUAGAGUACGCCGGACAGCAGGACCAGGUCAAGCUCCAUGACUUCUUCAGCUACCUUGUGGAUCACUUUACCCCCAGCAGCAACCACGAGCGGGACUUCCUGAACCGCAUGUUCACUGAGGAGAGAUUCCCCCAGGACGCUGAGAUGGAGAAGCCCAGUGACUACGAAUCCAUAGAGGUCCCAGACAAUUACACAGGACCACACCUUUCCUUCCCACUCCUUCCUGACCACGCGACGGCCCUGGUGGAAGCUUUCAGACUGAAACAACAGCUGCACGCUCGCUACGUCUUGAACCUUCUGCACGAGACCAGGAAACACCUGGUGCAGCUGCCGAACAUCAACCGGGUCUCCACCCGGUACAGCGAGGAGGUCACGGUGUGCGGAGACUUACAUGGCCAGCUGGAUGACUUAAUAUUUAUAUUUUAUAAGAAUGGCCUCCCGUCACCAGAGAGGGCCUACGUCUUUAACGGUGACUUCGUGGAUCGAGGCAAGGAUUCAGUCGAGAUCCUGAUGGUUCUUUUCGCCUUCAUGUUGGUCUACCCAAAAGAGUUCCAUCUUAACCGAGGAAACCAUGAGGACUAUAUGGUGAACUUACGAUAUGGCUUUACCAAGGAAGUGAUGCAUAAAUAUAAGAUACAUGGCAAGAAAAUACUAAAAAUACUGCAGGAUGUUUUCUGUUGGCUUCCUCUGGCCACUCUGGUUGAUGAGAAAGUCCUGAUUCUUCAUGGCGGAGUGUCAGACAUGACUGACCUGGAGCUUUUGGCUAAACUAGACAGGCACAAGAUCGUCUCCACCCUGAGGCGCAAAACGAGAAAGGAGAAGGGGAAACCGGCUCCGAAGAAGGCGGGCGCGGCGCGGCCCACCCCGUGGUUCCUGCCCCUGCGCGCGGGCUCCGGCGGGGCGCCCCGAGCCGGCCGCUCCUCCAGCCUCCCGUGCGGCGGCCCCGCGGCUCCGGACCCGGCCCGGCGGGCGCGGCGCUCCGUGGACCUGGCGCUGCCCGGGUGCCCGCAGCAGGGGGGCAGCGCGCCGAGCGGGGCGCAGGGGGAGCCGGAGCCAGCCGCGCCCGAGGCCGCCUCGGAAGCCCGCGAGCCGCCCGAGCCCACCCGGGAGGAGUGGAAGCAGGUGGUCGAUAUCCUGUGGAGCGAUCCCAUGGCCCAGGACGGCUGCAAGGCCAACACCGUGCGAGGAGGAGGCUGUUAUUUUGGCCCUAAUGUGACAGAACAGUUGCUGCAGAAAUACAACCUGCAGUUCCUGAUCCGCUCCCACGAGUGCAAACCGGAGGGCUACGAGUUCUGCCACAGCCGCAAGGUCUUGACCAUCUUUUCUGCCUCCAACUACUAUGAAGUUGGCAGCAACAGGGGGGCCUACGUCAAGCUGGGGCCGGCCCUGAGCCCGCACAUCGUGCAGUAUCAAGCGAACAAGGCAACCCACAUGCUGACUAUGAGGCAGAGGAUUAGCAGAGUAGAGGAGUCCGCUCUGAGAUCUCUGCGGGAAAAGUUAUUUGCUCAUUCCUCAGAUCUUCUUGGUGAAUUUAAGAAGCAUGACACAGAUAAAACUGGUUUCAUCUCCCUGAGUGACUGGGCGGAAGCCGUGGAGUCGGUGCUGCGGCUGGGACUGCCUUGGCGGAUGCUGAGGCCACAGCUGGUGAGCAGCUCCGCCGACUCCACGCUGGAGUACAAGUCCUGGCUGAAGGACUUGGCCAAGGAACAACGGAGCCGUGAGAACAUCCAGUCAAGUUUGCUGGAAACACUGUAUCGGAACCGAUCCAACCUGGAGACCAUCUUUAGGAUCAUAGACAGUGACCAUUCAGGGUUCAUCUCACUGGACGAGUUCAGGCAGACUUGGAAGCUGUUCAGCUCUCAUAUGAACAUUGACAUCACAGAUGACUGCAUCUGUGACCUUGCCCGGAGCAUUGACUUCAACAAGGAUGGCCACAUCGACAUCAAUGAGUUCCUCGAGGCCUUCCGCCUUGUGGAGCAAUCCUGCCCAGAGGGCGAUGCCUCAGACUGCCCCCAGACCACAGACACUGAGGACGGGGAUGGCAGCAAGCCAAGCACACAGUAAGAGCAGCCUGUGUCCAUCUCCCGUGGUGCCUCAAAACCAAGACUGAGCUUGUCCCUGCAAUAGCUCCCUUACUUUCCAGAGAUUUGUGGAAUUUUACU